CUUGAUUCCCUUUCUCUUCCUGUUACGUUUUUUAUAUCCUUUGUUUGUUCGCGUCGCUUUCCAACUGAAAGAACCGCCAACAAGAUUCCUUGUUCUCCUUUUUCCCCUCUUUCCGUUUUCUAACCCGACCCCUCCUUUCUCCCUCCUUCACCCUUGGCUUAGCCCUUUUUCUCAUACCUUUAAGGAAACCUUCUCGGAGCCUAAAAAGAAGCCCGGUUCAUUAUCUUGCACCAGCAGACACCAUUAGCGCUAUCCUACGCAACGGCACUUGAGUUUCCACAUUGCCCCUCCCCGCUCUGUAAAAAAGGCCUGGGAAGUAAAUUAUAACUAAUAAUGAGCAACUCUGAUCACACGCGCAGCAGCCCCGCUGGAAACAGUAGCAGCAUGUAUGGCGCUGAGUCGCCAGUGGCCACACAGACACCGCACAGCGGUGGCGGCACGGACUAUCGCACGAGCAUCCAGUUUUUGACGUCGUCAACGUCGCAGCCGUCGCACGACGUGUCAGCCGACGUGAUUAUGGAGGAGGAGCCGUCGAGCUCAGUGCCGGUCAGUGCGCUGCUGGCGCCACAGGACAACCACCGGCAGGCGAUUACGGUUCCAGCGCGCACGCAGUACCGCGAAGACGAGCUGACGGGCAUGCAGGGCCUGAUGGAGCUGGCCAGCCCAGAGCACACGCCGCUCAGCCCCGAGCACACGCCGCUGCGGCCAAUAAUCAACCAUGGGGUCCACUCGGCGAGCUCCAGCGCAUCGAGCGGCUCGACAAGCACGUUCUCGGUGCCCCCCGCGCUGAACAUCUCGUCGCACGGCGGCUCGCGGCCGGCCAACACGCUGCCGCCGAUGCAGGCGCACCAGCGGUUCCACACGUACCACAGCGCGACCACUAUGGCGGGCUCGCCGGCCAGCGCUGCCACGACGCUGACGCCCGACAGCAUGCCGUCGGUUACGCCAGGCGCAGUGCGCAGCUUCCCAGCGACCCUGGACGACUCGCGGAUGGCUCGGCGCCGCUCGCAGAGCACCGACAGCCCGCACCACCAGCAGAGCGGCGGGCUGCCGCACGUGCUGGGCAAUGCCAACAUCCGCGACCGGUCGUUUACGUUCACGCAGCGGCAGCGGACGAGUGAUACCCCGCUGUUCCCUAUUCUUCUGCACAGGUACGUUAGUCCCACUGCAAUAGCCCAGUGGGAAAAAAGCGGCAUGCUCCUCUGCCAUGCAUCUGGCCAAAAUGCAUGAACGAGGCAAGUGGGCCACGCCCGCUUUUGGUUAGUUCCCACCUCCGCUCACCCCACUCAUAUCUAAUUUUCAUGCAC